AUUGACUUGAACGACACAGAGACCGACUGCUGUGCAUAUUACCUCAGCUUCAUCGAUAUUUAACAAUCAAGAGGCCCCAAUUUGUUUUUUGUAGAUUGUUUACGUGAGAUAAAACGGGGAAACGUGUACUGUCACUGGUGCUAAUGAGGGGAAUGAAUGCGAGUUACUAACGUUUCUGGGAACAUCAGCCCCGGAAGUCAGCUGAUUCGACGGAAGAGGCCAGUCGUGCAUUGUACUUCGUGCAUUCCAAAACAGUAUUUACUCUCCAGUAAAAGUCAUUAGUUUCUUCAUUUAUUCGUGCCGCGAUCGCCGGAAUUCAGUGUUCGAUACCGAUUAUUGUGUUCGACUCUCGAUAUUUUCCCCGAAGCAGAAGAAUAUGAAGAAUGUGAAGCAGUAAUGGAGACUCGAGAGCGAGGGGAGUAGGAGAGUCAACGAAAGGAUUUUUUUAUCUAAUCAACUGCCACUGGAACGAAACGAAUGUUAAAUCAUGUGUCGGUAUUCGCGAUGAGAGAGCAAAUGCUCGUGGGCACAUGCCAGUGCUGGGAAAUUGUUUUUUGUGAAAUUGAGGGAGACGAGCACUGAGAGUCGUGAUGAAUAUCGUGAAGAUCAAUUUGAAGAAUGUGAUAUUUGUUAUUCUGGCACUCAUGUCCAGUGCUGUCAACGAUGCUCACAUGGGAUAUGAAGACAUGAUGAGUUAUGCUUAUACCAAUUACACCUACAAUAAUAGUAACAAAAAGGACGACCUGUAUGGAAUGUGUCCCAUUGGUAAAAUGUGUACAGACUUGAGUGGUGACUGCCUGAAAUGCGAUAUGACAACAAAUUGCGUUUAUGGAGCAACUUAUACUGCUAACUGCACUGCUCCAGAGCCAAUUGAUUGUGUGGGAGAGAGAACGUUCUCGAAACAAUAUAUCUGCAGAUACUGCUAUCAGACUGAACACUGGGAACACCACUGUCAACAGAAGAGUAGCUGUAGCUCUGUGUCAUCACCCCCGCAAUAUUAUAAGACAAAUUGUACAGUCAAUGGCGAUAUAAUAUGCUUAGGGAGGAGAAAAUUCAUGAAGAAUUUGAAGUGCAAUUGGACGGGGGGAUAUCGAUGGUCCACAGCGCUCAUUUUGAGUAUAACACUUGGGGGCUUUGGGGCUGACAGAUUUUAUUUGGGUCACUGGCAAGAGGGGAUUGGCAAACUCUUCAGCUUCGGUGGUCUAGGUGUCUGGACCUUAAUCGACGUAAUGCUGAUCUCCAUGCGCUACUUGGGACCUGCUGAUGGCUCUCUUUACAUUUAAAGUCGAGUGAUCAACCCCCAUUUUACCCGCAUUAAUCAUGUCCCUGACUAUAUUGAUAUUUAUUAUGUUCAUAUGUUGAGCUAUUGUGGACUUGACAGAAGACCCGAAUUUACACUUCUCCGCUGUUUGUAUGAAGACGAUUUAUUUUUCCAAUUUUGUCGUGCAUAAAAAUUGAUGACGAAUUAUGAA